AGCUAAUAACGCAGCGAAGAACAGAGAUGGGGCUUAUGAAUUUCAGAAUGGUGUUUUUAUGUAACUUAUUAUUGUUGUUGUUAUUAAACUCGUUGGUUUUCACGGCGGCGGCGGUAGUAGAGUGCCGUGAAAGAAGGUGCGGGAGGACUAGCCCCGCCGUGAAAUUCCCAUUCCGAAUCAGAGGUCUGCAACCUGCCGCCUGUGGCUACCCCCUCCCGUCCUUUGAUCUGUCCUGCAGCAGCUCAGGGGAAACGCUGCUGCAGCUACCAGACUCCGUCACUCUCUCCGUCAAAGAAAUCGAUUAUGCUUCUCAGUACAUUCAUGUCAGCUUUUGGGCCGGCUGCCUCCCUAGGAUGCUUCCGACCUUAAGUUUGCCUUCUUCUCCAUUCCAACUACCCGCCGACGAGUUGCGUAUUCCUUCCACCGUACUCCGUUGCACGCCGGCACCGCGAACAUCUACAUGGGCAUCUCUGAUCUCUUGUCCGAACGAUCCAGCAGGCUAUCAAUUUUUUGUUACGAUCUCUGAUUUGAGUGUUGGCGCUCCCGUUUUACAAUCUUGUACAAAGAUGUAUGACAUCGCAGCAGCACUUCCAUUUGUUGGAUUCGAUGGCACCUUUCGAUUGAAAUGGUCCGACCCGGAAUGUGGAGUCUGCGGAGCGGAAGGCAAAUAUUGCAGACUCACCUACCCGGAGAUGAAGAACGGACGCAACACAACAGAGUGCUAUGAUUUUCCCACAAAAGGCUCAAUGAAAAAGAAAGUGAUUACAGGUUGGCUAACGUACUUAGUUGAGUGAGUUCCCACAUUAUGGCAAUCACAUUUCCCAAACAAUAACUAAUAAAUGGAGUGUCUGUGCGUGUGCAGGUGUAGUCUUCGGUUUGGUCUUUUUAAUAGGAGCAGUUAUUCUAGUCUUAUAUAGAUAUAAGCUUUAUAGAAUUGAGAAAAAAUACCAAGCCAAGGUUAAGAAGUUUCUUGAUGAUUACAAAGCUUUCAAGCCGACAAGAUACUUGUUUGCUGAUCUUGUGAGGAUUACAAAUCGAUUUGAGUACGAGUUGGGAAAAGGAGCACAUGGAACUGUUUAUAAGGGGAAGUUGUCUGAGAAAGUUAAUGUAGCUGUUAAGGUCCUCAAUGAUUCCAAAGCAAAUGGAGAGGAGUUCAUUAAUGAAGUUGGAACAUUGGUGAAAAUUCACCACGCCAAUAUAGUCCGCUUGAUCGGUUUCUGUGCAGAUGGAUUUAAACGGGCUGUGGUAUACGAUUACUUUCCGAAUGAUACACUGCAGAAGUUCAUUUCUUCACCAGACUCGAAGAACCGUUUUCUUGGUUGGAAAUCUUUGGAACAUAUUUCUAUUGGCGUAGCCAAAGGUAUUGAGUAUCUCCAUCACGGUUGUGAUGAAAGAAUCCUACAUUUUGAUAUCAAGCCACACAAUGUACUCCUUGAUGACAAUCUCAAUCCCAAAAUCACCGACUUUGGCCUUGCUAAGCUGUCCUCUAGGGAACAAAGCCUUGUCUCAAUGACAACAGCGAGGGGCACCAUAGGCUAUAUGGCACCCGAAGUGUUCUCAAGAAACUUUGGGAACGUUUCUUAUAAAUCGGAUGUUUAUAGUUUCGGAAUGUUGUUACUAGAGAUGGUGAGUGGAAGGAAAUGUGUUGACACCGAAUCACAUGCGGAGGAUCAAAUAUAUUUCCCUGAGUGGAUUUAUAAUAUGUUAGAGCAAGGAGAAGACCUAAGGUUUGAUAUUGAAGAAGAGAAUGAUGUUAAAAUUGCAAAGAAGCUAGCCAUUGUGGGGUUGUGGUGUAGUCAAUGGAAUCCUGUUGAUCGCCCUUCCAUGAGAAGUGCCCUUGAAAUGUUAGAAGGGGAAGGAGAUGAUUUGAGCACACCUCCCAAUCCAUUUAUCACUAAAUCACAUUCAAGAACUGUUGUAGGUGGAACAACCGAAGGGAGGCCUUGGUAGGACCAAUACCUCCAACAACUUUGAUGCAAUAGAGGAAAUAGAAUAAUCAACAGUAAAUAUUCCAAUUCUCAAUUACAGAUUAAGUAAAAGGAAUAUGCAAGGGGAUGGUUAGGGGAAUAGUGAGAUGUUCUCAAAUUUACUCCAAAUUGAGCAAGUGAGAGUGAAAUAAUUUGGAUUAAAUUUGAGAAAAUUUUGGAAUCUUCAGAAUCAAUUAUCGAUCUCCACUUUGAGUGUAUCUCUUUCUGAAAUAGAAGGUUAACCAUUUUAUUACUACGAAUUUAUUUAAGAGUGCAUGUUGGGAUAAUGUUUGUAUGAAAUUUGUAAUUUAUAAACCCCUUAUUUAUUCACCACAAGUUGGGUGUUGUGGAAUAAAUAAAUUAUAUUGUAGUAACUUGGGGUGGACACCCUUUCUCCAAAAAUUGUAUCAUUAACUUUUGUGAUUAUGUGAUAUACCGAGUAGUUUUUUCCAAAUUUAAUGAAGCAGGGCUUACUUUGAACUUA